AUGAGUCGCCUAGGGGCCUGGUUCCGGGCUUCCACCCCGAGAUCCAGCUCGGGCUCAAGUCCGGCAGUGUCUCAGGUGGAUCUUCGCGCUCAGGAGAUCGCCCAGAUGGAGGAAGCCAUGAUCGGCGCCGCCCUGAUCAUGAACGACGACAUCGACGGCGCGGAGGAGAGGCUGCGAACAGGAGACUCGGCCUUUCAUCACUUGGGGAUGGGUAUCUGCACGUUCAUGAGGAGCAUUCUCGGAUUCGAGAAAGCCAUCAUGGUAGAAGCGAGCGAUCGCCUCAACCAGUGCGAGACCAGCGCGUGGAAUGGGCUGAAAAAGGCUCAGAGGGAGGCUGGAACUGCCGGCGGGGUUAGCGAGGAUAGGAUCUAUCCUCCGGGGAGCGAGUUCGCGCUAGUCUUGGCAGACGCCCAGCUUAUGUCCGCCAUCGUAGCCGUCUUGCACGAGAGUCUGACCGAGGGCCUCAGAGGUUUCUACAAGCUACGAAAAGCUUAUAUCACCGUCGAUGGGCUCAUGCAGUCCGAGGCCGCUUAUCUGAAGAGAAAGGGCCUUCACUCGGGCGCCGCCAAAGGGCAGAAUACUCCAUCUUCGCAUUCGAUCGCCAGCGGCCGUGGUAGCUCUAACGACGAUACGGACGAUACUGAUCUCGAAUUCGUAGACGCAGAUGAGGCCCACUCUGGAGCGCAGACACCGUUGACUUACGGGGGUCACCUUAGCAAGCCCACCGAGUCUGCGGAGGAGAAACUCAGCCGAUUAUCCCUGGACUCCAAUGCUACCUCAAAACCACCGGCAGAGAAGGCGAAGACGCCGAUUACCCCCACGUUCCCUAAUGGGUUCAGCGUUAGUCCCGACUCGGAGAUAUUCAACAAUCCGGUCGAUAUUUUCGUGCACAGCGGCGCCAAUAUGUGCUUCGGUUCUCUCCUGCUUAUCCUCUCCAUGGUCCCGCCGGCCUUUUCACGUCUGCUGUCCAUAAUCGGCUUCAAGGGCGAUCGAGAGCGAGGCGUGCAGAUGCUCUGGCAGAGCUCCCAGUUCGAUAAUAUCAACGGGGCCGUGGCCGGGCUCAUGCUGCUGGCUUACUACAACGGUCUCUUGAGCUUUUCGGACAUUCUCCCCUCCGAAGAAGAUGUCGAGAACGGUGCGCUCGUCGGAUAUCCGCGGUCGAGAUGUUCGGCCCUGAUCGCGCUGAUGCGUUCGCGGUAUCCCGACAGCGGGCUCUGGCGAUUUGAAGAGGCUCGAGUGCUAGGACAUAGCAAGGACUUGCGCGGCUCCCUCAAGAUACUCAAGAGCAACACGAAAUCGAAGAUGCGACAGGUCAGCGCGCUGAACAACUUCGAGACGGCGGUGUGCUCCAUGUACGUUCACGACUUCCCCGACAUGCGAGACAAUUUCCUCUACUGCAUCGAGCUCAACGAUUGGAGCCACGCGCUCUACUACUACAUGGCCGGAUCCGCCGAGCUGGAGAGUUACCGAAACGCGUUUCAUGGCACGGCCGGAGAUGUGUCCCGAGCACAAGUUCACAAGAAGAAGGCGGAAGAGCUCUUUCGCAAGGCGCCCACGGUCGCGGGUAAGAAACGCUUUCUAGCCAAGCCACUCCCGUUCGAGCAGUUUGUCGCGCGUAAGAUCCAGAAGUGGGAAGACAGGUCGAAGAAGCUCGGCGUCGACCUUGCCGACGCGGUCGGCGUCAGCCCGGUGGAGGAGAUGAUCUUCCUCUGGAACGGCGCGAAGAAGAUGUCCUCGCACGACCUCGAGAUGUCCGAGAAGAUGCUGUCCUGGGGCCGGCUGACGGCGCCUAAGGAGGCGCGGAGCCAGAUUAUGGCGGAGAUAGACGAGGAGGCAGUGCGCGACGUCUGCCGGGCGGCGGUGGCGCGGUCGCUUGGCAAGUACGACGAGUCGCGCGAACUACUAAACAGCGUCCUGGCCAUGGACAAAUUCGCUUUCAAGGACGGCAACAGGGACGACUACCCGCUACCGGCGGCGAACUACGAGAUGGCGGCACUCGCUUGGGUCGAGGUGCAAAAACGCAAAGCGCGAAAGAGCGAUGGCGACGGCAGCGACGCAGAGAAAGAGGAGGAGGAGGAGGAGGAGGAGGAGGAGUGGCUGCGCGAGAAGACGGAGGAAUGUCAGUCGUGGCUCGAGAAGGUGGCCAGAUGGGAAGCCUUCAUACUGGACGCGCGGAUCGGCAUGCGCGUGCAGACGGGCAUGGACACCAUUAGAUGGUUCAAGAGGGAGCGCGGUUCGUGGUCCGGCGGCGACGACAGCAGCAUCCCCAACGAGCAAUACAAACUGAUUCGCUCGGCGAUAACCGAGCGCGGGCUCAAGCUCAAGCUCCGGCAUUUUGGCGGGAACACCCAGACUGCGCUCCUCAUGGUCCAGACGCUGGCCCACGAAGAGCUCCACCACGGUCUCUACGAUAUGAUCAUAUCUACAAUGCAAGCCCUGGGAUUGGUUCAGGGUUGGACCAGCUUCGUCGGCAACCCAGAGGCCGACAUGAGCGGUGGCCCCUCCUCAAGCAAGGACGCGCCAUCUCUAGUCAUCCACGCCGGGGAUUCUAGCUCGAUGGAGCAGCUAGAGGAGGAGAUGGAGGACUUUUUCACCCGGACGAAUCCCAGAGUCAACCUCUCCAUCAUCGUCAAGAUCUACCGCCACGAGGGCAUGAUUAGGAUAGGGAAGUGGGAGGAGGAGUUCUCGCGGCUCCCCGAGGCCGCUGCGGACACGGCGGGCGAGAGUCCCGAUUUCACCGUCGUGCAGGUGGAGAGUCAGAAAAUCCAAAUCACCCGGACCCGGGCGCACCCGCCGGAGUUCGACGUUUCGGGGCCCUUGGAACUGGAUUUUAAGAAGAUGUUCCGCCGGCCCCGGCAGCCGGGGGAGGUGGAUGUCGUAGUGAGCGUCAACGCCCUGAAAUACUUCGCCCGCAAGGUUUGGCUGAUGGACGAGCUGGAAGAGGGCCAGCUUGGUUCUUGCCUCGCCUAA